AAGGUUCAACAAGGGGUUGAAUGAAAUAUGUAGAAGCACUGUUCAUGCGUGUUUCCUCGUCGAGGAAAAACUCCUGCUGAAGUGACUGAUCUCCACACUGUUAUAAAGAUGGCGUUUAUUAAAGAGGAGAGUGAAGACCUGAAGAUUGAAGACACAUUCUCAGUGAAACAUGAGGAUCCAGAGGAGCAAACAGAGCUGAUGGUGCUCAAAGAAGAGUUUCAAGAUCUUAAUGAAAUGGAAGAGAGUCAGUGUGAGAGACACCAAGAUUUAACGACUGAUGAAAAAUCAACGCCAAAGAAGAGUUUACCGCAUAAAAGAGUUCAGAAAAACAAUUUUACCUGCUGCGUUUGCGGAAAGUGUUUUUCCCAAAGACACAACCUUAAAGUCCAUAUGAGAAUUCACACCGGAGACAAGCUUUUCACAUGUGAUCAGUGUGGCAAGAGUUUCACUCAAAAGUCAAAAAUCGACGUCCACAUGAGAGUUCACACCAGUGAGAGACCUUACUCGUGUCCUCAGUGUGCAAAGGGUUUCCGUCAAAAACAGCACCUUAAACUCCACAUGAGGAUUCACAGCGGAGAGAAGCCAUUUCCCUGCAAUCAGUGUGGGAAGAGAUUCAAUCAACUACAAGCACUUCAAAGCCACUUUACAAUUCACUCCGGAGAGAGACCUUAUGCCUGCACUCAGUGUGAGAAGAGUUUCCGUCAAAGACCGUCCCUUGAAAAACACCUAAAGGUUCACUCCAGAGAGAAGCCAUUCACCUGCUCUCAGUGUGGAAAUGGUUUUACCCAAAAGGAGCGUCUUCAGAACCACAUGAGGAUUCACACCGGAGAGAAGCCUUUCGCUUGCCCUCACUGCGAAAAGACUUUUGCUCAUAGAAGCAACCUUUACUUCCACGUGAGGACUCACAGUGGAGAGAAGCCUUUCGUCUGCACACACUGCGGCAAAUCCUUUAGAUGUAAAAACUCUCUUGUUGGCCACAUGAGGACUCACACCGGAGAGAAGCCGUUUGCGUGUGAUCAGUGUGGAAAGAGUUUCUCGAGAGAGUUCAACCUUAAGUGUCACAUGAGCAAUCACACUGGAGAGAAGCCGUAUACUUGUGGUCAGUGUGGAAAGAGUUUCGUGCGUAAAGACUCUCUUAAUAGGCACGAAUUGAUCCACUCUAAAGGUAUUAAUUGUCAUCAUUGUGGAAAGAGUUUCAAUCAUAAGACCAGCUUCAAAUCUCACAUGAGGCUCCACUCUGGAGAACAAGGCUGAGGGUCCAAAAUCUUUGCUGAAGUACUUCUAUAAAUAAUCAAUUGAGUAAAACCAUUCUAGCGACAGCUACCUUUCUUGUAAUGAUUUUACUAGGUAUACAUACUUAAUUCCAUGGUCUGUUAAAAUUCUUGAUUCUGAUUUGCUUGAAGGUGUGCAAUAAAAUCAUGUAAAACCCUGA